AUGCGAGUCGCUCGCGCUAGCCCCUCGGUAUCACACCUUCUCUUUGCUGAUGAUAGCCUGAUCCCAGCGAAUGAUCGACAACAGAUUAAAAACACACUUGGUAUCCAAAACGAAGGCGGAAUGGGAUCCUACUUAGGAAUCCCAGAAGACAUUAGUGGAUCAAAGUGUAAACUAUUUGCUUUCUUAAAGGAGAAACUAUUACACAGAGUGAAUGGUUGGACUGGUAGAUGGUUGUCUAAGGGAGGAAAGGAAGUCUUAAUUAAAUCUAUAUUGCUAGCUCUUCUGACUUAUGUCAUGUCCAGUUUCCUGCUUCCUUUGGAGAUAUGUGAGAAUCUAGCAGCUGCCAUCGCACAAUUUUGGUGGAGUUUGAAUCCGUCAAAAAGAGGUAUUCAUUGGGCAAAGUGGGAAAAGAUGUGUGCACCUCGAGAGGAGGGAGGAAUUGGGUUCCGCAUGAUCCAUGAAUUCAACCUAGCUCUCUUAGCUAAACAACUUUGGCGUCUUGUUCAGUUUCCAGAAUCAUUAGUAGCGAGAGUUCUUCGGGGAAAGUACUAUCGACUGAGUUUGCCUUUGCGAGCAGGAGCAGUUGAUUCACCAUCGUAUGUAUGGACUAGUAUUAUAGCUGCGAGGAAGUUACUACUUCUGGAUAUUAGAAGCAAAGUGCAUUCAGGAUAUGAAAUUAAUGUGUGGGAGGAUCCUUGGAUUCCUUUGACGCCAGCAAGACCGGCUCGCUCCCGGGUCCCAGUAGUAAACCCAAAGAUGACUGUCAGCAGUCUCAUUAAUUUUGAAUCAAAGGAGUGGGAUGCUCGCUUAUUGGAACAAUAUGUAGAUCAAGAGGAUAUACCGAUGAUUCAGAGUUUGGCUUAA